ACUUACAAAAAAUAAAAAUAUGUUGUUUCAAAAAAGUUCUAGCUCUGAAUCUUCUGAUGAAGAUCAAUACCAAAAUACUGAUGAAAUGGUUGACGAAUUCGUCACUAAUCAUUUACUAAACACAUCCUUUCCACGAGGUCCUAGACCUCCAAAUACUGACAUUCUCGUUCGAGCUAAUAGACAACGUGAAGAAGGGCAUAAUCGCUUGUUCAACGAUUACUUUGCAGUUAAUCCCGUAUACUCAGAAAAACAAUUUCGUCGGAGGUUUCGAAUGAAAAGACCUUUGUUCUGUCGUAUCAUGAACAAAGUGGUUGAAAACGAAGUAUGGUUCCAACAGAGACGAGAUGCUGCCGGAAGACUAGGGUUAUCAGGAUUGCAAAAAUGCACUGCAGCUAUCAGAAUGUUAGCAUAUGGUGUUGCUCCCGAUGCAGUUGAUGAAUAUCUACGAAUAGGUGAAACAACUACAAAAAAGUCAUUAUUAUUAUUCACUCAGGGUGUGAUCAAGCAUUUUGAAGAGGAUUACCUAAGAAGUCCUUCAUCUGAAGACUUAAGAAGGAUCCUUUAUCAAAAUGAAAUGCGUGGAUUUCCUGGCAUGAUCGGUAGUAUUGAUUGCAUGCACUGGGAGUGGAAGAAUUGCCCUAAUGCAUGGAAAGGUCAAUACGCCGGACGAAGUGGGAAAGCUAGCCUCAUUUUGGAGGCUGUUGCGGAUCAAGAUCUAUGGAUUUGGCAUGCAUUUUUUGGCAUUCCUGGUUCAUGUAAUGACCUUAAUGUUCUUUAUCGUUCUCCUGUGUUUGAUGAUGUUUUGCAGGGUAAGGCACCUCCUAUAAAUUUUAGAGUGAAUGGGCAUGAAUACAACCUUGGGUACUACCUUACAGAUGGUAUUUAUCCAAAUUGGGCUACAUUCAUCCAAGGAUUUACCCUUCCUCAACUUAAAAAGCACAAACUUUUUGCUGAUAAACAAGCACAUGCUCGGAAAGAUGUUGAACGUGCUUUCGGAGUUCUGCAAGCAAGAUUUGCCAUCAUACGGCAACCGUCUCUUGCUUAUGAUGAAGAUACAUUAGGCGACAUAAUGAAGGCUUGUAUCAUCAUGCACAACAUGAUAGUUGAGGAUGAACGAGACAACUACGUCCGAGCUGAGGUGUUAAGAAAGUACUAUGAAGAUGACCUUUCGAGUACAAGUGCAACGGUGAAUAACGAUGAACCUUUCGAGUUUCAAAGCGGACAACCUGUCAACAUUAACGCGUACUUGGGGAGAAGAUCAACUUUGCGUGACAGCCGAAUUCAUGACGCUCUAAAACAUGAUUUGAUCGAGCACAUUUGGGAAAAAUAUGGAUCAAAUAAUAAUAAUAAUUAAACUCAUAUGCCGAAGAAGAUUUAUCAUUUUAAUGCCUCUUUAGAUUCUUAAAUGUUUUUUAAUUUGGUUUUAUGAUAUGUUCAACGUUUUUUUAAUUUGGUUGUAUGAUGUUUUUAACGUAUUUUAAUAUGGUUUUAGAUGUUUUUUAACA